GCGUGCGGUUUGGUAGAACCUAUCAAAACAAUUUUCCCGAUUACGUUUGUUCGGCGUUGUACUUUUUCCGUUCCUUGUUUAUAGUGAAAAUUAAUAGUUCCCAAACCGAAGCAACUGUUCUAAGCGCUGCUAAUACACUUCCAACAAAACAGCAUAAUGUCGGAAGCAACGAACGAAAUACCACUGGACCGCAAGCUGACCGAGAUUUUUGACGAAGGAUACAGCGCCAUGAACCGCCUGGAUGAAAACACGAACAUUCCUACCAAUGCAAACGAAUUUCAGCUAGCAGUAAAGAAAGCGAUUGGCCUGUUUGAAGAUGCCACCAGGCUCGUCAGUCUGGUCGGAAUGUUUAGCACAAACGAAUCGUACGAGGAAGUUCCAACGGAAAAUCUGCGCUACUUUCUGCUGCCGUAUUUCCUCGGCAGCAUGACCUUGCGGCUGUGCAACGUGAACCGGGCGGAAGUUGUUGAAGUGGCGGAAGUUUACUUUAGGGAUUUUUUAGCACGGUGUGAAAAUUACAAAUUAUACGAAACUCCCGAUAAGGACAGUGAGGCUGCACUGAACGAAUUGGCCCUGGUACCUGGUGCAUCGAGCGAUAAGAUACGCGAACUGCAACGUAUGGGUCAGCAGAGGAAUGAGAAGAUACGCAAAUUUCAAGAGAAAAAAGAGCUGGACGAAAAGGUUAAACAGCUGCGUUACGUGGUUGAACAGUCCGAGGCAAAAAUAGACGAUGAAACGAAGCGAGAUUUCUUUCUAUCCCUGUUGAAAUCGGCCAUCGUAGAAUCGCAAGACGAGCUGGAAAGUAUUGCGAGAGAAAAACAAAUGAUACAGUACGUUACUGUCGCCAAACAAAGUGGCGAUAAUGAGUUUGAGGACGGCGCCUUAAGUUCUGGCAUGAAAAAACGACCAGUAAAACCCCUAAAACCCAUCAUCAUCACCCGGGACGCAGUGCAGAAAGCCGUUUAUGGUAGGGGCUACCCGAGCCUGCCGACGAUGACGGUGGCCGAAUUUUACGAGCAACGUGUAGCGGAGGGUAUUUUCCCGGAUGCGGAAAAGAUGAAGGAAGUGAACAAAAACUCGCUCAUGAACAAGGUGCACAUGGAUAAUGCGGCCGAACAAGAUCGUGAAGAUGAGGCACAGGAGCAACUGAUCGAGCGUGAUGAUGAGGAGUAUCUGGCGCGUCAGCGAGCCAAGGAUGAGUUCAAGGAUGAACAUCGUCGGGGUGAAGGAAACCGAUACAACCGUAGCUAAGGAUAGUGAAUAGCUGUUUAUUAAUUUUGCCCUAUUGUUUUAUAACUGUCUGCAAACCCAUCUCGCUACCGAAUAGAGGAGAAUCACCGGAAUGCAUGCUCGUUUGUGUGUGGUGCAAAGGUAUAUAAUAUGCUUAUUCUAU